GCUCGUCUCAUCAUCAACAUCAAUAUCAACAUGAUGGCUUAGUGGUGGUGGAGGAUCAACAACAAGAAGAAAGCAUGAUGAUAAAAGAACAAGACAGGCUACUUCCGAUAGCAAACGUAGGAAGGAUCAUGAAGAACAUUCUCCCACCAAACGCGAAGGUCUCCAAAGAAGCCAAAGAGACUAUGCAAGAAUGUGUCUCCGAGUUCAUUAGCUUCGUCACCGGAGAAGCAUCCGAUAAAUGUCACAAGGAGAAGCGAAAGACCGUCAAUGGAGACGAUAUCUGUUGGGCUAUGGCAAAUCUAGGGUUUGAUGAUUACGCCGCCCAGCUCAAGAAGUACUUGCAUCGUUACCGAGUUCUCGAAGGUGAGAAACCUAAUCAUCAUGUCAAAGGAGGACCUAAAUCCUCGUCGGAUAAUUAAUUCUUCCAUCGGUUUGAUUUCCCUUAAUUCUCAUGUCAUCUUUUUUACUUCUCCAACCAGCUUCUUCUAGCUUUUCAUAUAUUGUUCCACAUAUAUAAAUAAUUAUAUAUGAUUAUAACAUGUGUGUGGUUUGAGGUACUGAACAAAUCUGUAUUAAUUCU